CUCCGCGUGCGGCGCUGUAAAGGAGCGAGCGCCGCGGCCCACUACAGCAGUCGCCCGCCGUCAGCCUUCCGCGCUCGUCUCUCGCCACCGCUGCCCGCCAUCCAUUGCUGCCUCUCCCCGCCGUCGCCACCGUCGCCGCCGCCGCCGCCGCCGCCGCCUCCCCGCGCGCUCUCACAACCGCCGCCCGGCCAGCCAGCGAAGCCGGCGAGCCAUUUCCCGCGCCCGGCCCCCCCCCCCCAGGCGGGCAUCCAGUCGGACCCUGAGCGUCGCCCUCUCGCGCUGCGGCCGUCCGCGCCUUCUCGGCCGCCUGUCCGGCAUGAAAACCAAGUUCUGCACCGGGGGCGAGGCGGAGCCGUCGCCGCUCGGGCUGCUGCUGAGCUGUGGUGGCAACGCUGCCCCGGCGCCCGGCGUGGGGCAGCAGCGCGACGCCGCAGUCGAGCUGGAGCCCAAGCAGCUUGGUGGCCGGACCCAGCCUCUCGCGCUGCUCCCGCCGCCGUCGCCGCCGCUAGCGGACGAACAACCUGAGCCCCGGACGCGGCGCAGGGCCUACCUGUGGUGCAAGGAGUUCCUGCCCGGUGCCUGGCGGGGCCUUCGCGAGGACCAGUUCCACAUCAGUGUCAUCAGGGGCGGUCUCAGUAACAUGCUGUUCCAGUGUUCUUUGCCAGACUCCAUAGCCAGUGUUGGCGAUGAACCUCGGAAAGUACUCUUGCGAUUGUAUGGGGCGAUUUUAAAGAUGGUGUUUUUGAUAAAGCUGUGGAAUGGCAAGAGGUCCUGUAAUAAAGAGGGAUCCGAACAAGCUCAGAAUGAAAAUGAAUUUCAAGGGGCCGAGGCGAUGGUUCUGGAGAGUGUUAUGUUUGCCAUUCUUGCAGAGAGGUCACUUGGGCCAAAACUCUAUGGCAUCUUUCCCCAAGGCCGACUGGAGCAGUUUAUCCCGAGCCGACGAUUGGACACUGAAGAAUUAUGUUUACCAGAUAUUUCUGCAGAAAUAGCUGAGAAAAUGGCCACAUUUCAUGGAAUGAAAAUGCCAUUCAAUAAGGAGCCAAAAUGGCUUUUUGGAACAAUGGAAAAAUACCUGAACCAAGUGCUAAGACUUAAAUUCAGUGGGGAGGCCAGAAUGCAGCAACUGCACAAGUUCCUCGAUUACAACUUGCCUCUGGAGCUUGAGAACCUGAGGUCAUUGCUGCAGUAUACUAAAUCUCCAGUUGUAUUUUGUCAUAACGACUGUCAAGAAGGUAAUAUCUUAUUGUUGGAUGGCCAAGAGAAUUCUGAAAAGCAGAAGCUGAUGCUCAUUGACUUUGAAUACAGCAGUUACAAUUACAGGGGAUUUGACAUUGGAAAUCAUUUCUGUGAAUGGAUGUAUGAUUAUACCUAUGAAAAGUAUCCUUUCUUCAGAGCAAACAUUCAGAAGUAUCCUACCCGAAAACAACAGCUCCAUUUUAUUUCCAGUUACUUGACUGCAUUCCAGAAUGAUUUUGAAAGCCUCAGUAGUGAAGAGCAGUCCGCCACAAAAGAAGACAUGCUGGUUGAGGUCAACAGAUUUGCCCUUGCCUCCCAUUUCCUCUGGGGACUUUGGUCCAUUGUACAGGCCAAGAUUUCAUCCAUUGAAUUCGGGUACAUGGAAUAUGCCCAAGCCAGGUUCGAUGCCUAUUUUGACCAGAAGAAGAAACUUGGGGUGUGAAUGGGAUGACUCCACUCUUCACCACUGGACUGCAGGAGGCGGCUGCGCCAGGCCCUCGGUGGAGCUUUGUUGUGACCACUGCCCUGGGGCAGAAGGCCUGGACGUCUCACUACUGAGCACCGAUGUAUAUGAUACUACAGACUAUAUUAAAGUGGAGUAACAUUUCUCUCAUCUUUGUUUACGCUCUCACUAGGACUCUGAACCAUGAUUGGAAGCAGAAUUUAGGACAAUAGUGCAAUAGCUCAGAACCCACCUAACUGGAGGCCUUUGGCUGCAUGGCGACAGCUCUCAGCCAUAUGGCCCCAGCCGGACAGAGCAGCGCCAUUUGGGUACUUCAAGCACUGACUUAGGAUAUUAAUGUGCUGCAACACAUUUGUGACCAGGCUUUGUGGUGAUAGUGUGUUGGAGAUCCUUCUGAAGGGUGAGUGAGCAGACAUGCUGUGAAAUGGCGCAGCAGGACGAGCUGAGUCAUGGGGUCUGUGGAUGGGCAGACUUGCUGGAAAAGCAGGUACACUGAGCUACAGGUGUACAUCUGCAGAAAGUAGCUGUAGCCCUCCUGUGCCUGUGUACGCGUGACUACGUGGACCAGUGUCAAUGGCUGGCCGUGGUGUCUCCUAACUGGGGAGGAGCAGUGGAGCCAGCUUCCUCAGCCUUUCUUUCUUGCCUUCCCUCUGCCUGGCCUGGAACUUGGGCAUCUGCCCAGGACUCUCCAAAGCUGCUUCCCAUCCAGUGUCACUGGGAGACAGCAGCUGUAUGUGGGGUACAGGGGUGCAGGUGGACUAGAGCUGUGAAAUCCAUGUACAUUAAAUACCCAAUGGGAUAAACUUAGAAUUUUUUUUUUUUUUACUCUGAACUCUGAAUUGUUUUGUGCACAUAUUUCUGCUACCACCGAGACUGUAUUAUACAGAAAAAUAAACAACUUGAAACCAUCA